GCGCCGCACAUUGAUGACGCCAUAUUCCUGCGACUUGUAGUUCCUGUCAGGCAGUUGUGUACUUUGGUUUAUUGAAUGAUAUUUUCUUGUAUUAAGACACCUAAAGAAUUACAAACGGUAUUGUUUUAUCUUCGCAGUUUUUGUUUAUCAUGUGUCGUUAGCAGUUAAUGUCGUGGUCCGGCAAAAGCUUGACUUAGAGCAUAAUAACAAACACGUGUGUAGGCUAGCUAGCAAUGAAGCUAAUCUCAUGUUAGCAGUCAUUUUUAAGUAAAGUGUUGCGAAGAAAGGAAGUAAAGUGACAGUUUAUCAAACCACAUCGACUGCGGGUGCUUCUAUGGCUGGCAGCAGGAUGAGGCUGGAAUUGAACCGUGUGAUCCAGGGGGGAGGUCGGCUGGGGGUCCUGAAGGGGCUCGGCAGGACGGGACAGCACUCUCUGGAGAUACCAGGGUGUCUGUUGUACACACAUUUUGGAACAGUACCCCACCUUACCCAGGACACCCUGCAAACCCUGAGCGACCUCCCCUCUGUCACACAGGUCACUCUGUCCAAUAUGUAAGCUCAACUCAUGCUCACUCACACACUAAACUAUCUCUGCAGUUUAACACCAAUCUGCAUCACUUUUUCUCUCUAGAGCAGAGCACCAGGAGGUGUUGGAGGAAUUUAAAGACGGGUUCUGGAAGUUUGCAGGUAUUAGUGAUUAUUCACAUGUUCUGUCCUCCUUCUGUACCAAGUGUCUUACAGAUUAAUGUGUAUGAAGACUUGUAAAGAGGGUAAAGUGUGAUGUGCCAGCAGACUAAACAGCAUAACUCAAAUUACCAAGGAGUCAUGUCUAUGUAUGUGUUAGCCUUUCAUCUUUUUUUCUUGCUUUGUUGAAGGUUGUUAGGGCUGUCAGUCCCAUAUAAGUAGGGCUGGGCAAUAUGGGAAAAAGUUUAUCACGAUCAUUUUUUUCAUAUCAGUCGAUAUCAGUAUAUAUCACAAUAUAAAAAUUGAAAUUUAACAGUGCUUAUUGGUAGCAUGUCUUUUGCAAUACAAUAAGCUACUGCAUCUGUGAAGUCUUUGUGUCUCUUAGGCUAUGUUCACACUACAGGUCAAUUCCGAUUUUUUUAACCAUAUGUGACACAUGAGAUUUUUUCAUGUACGUGUGAACAGUGCAAUUCUGAUUUUUUCAAAUCCGACCCAGGCCUCUUUUGUAUGUGGAUAUAAAUUGGAUAUGCAUCCAAUAUGACUGCAGUGUGGACGCUCAGGCGCGUUCAUCCGACCUAUACGUCAUCAAUAUGCGACAAACGUCACCAUUGUUCGGCAACACAAACAGGCGUGGAAAGCAAUUUGUGCUUUGUGUGCAUGUGGGUCACUUUACAGUUUUAGGGAGUUGAAUCCACACCUGUGCCAGUUUGUGUGGAGUUUGCAUGGUCUUACCAUGCAUGUGGGGUGUCUCUCUUGGUACGUCAGCUUCCUCCUACAGUCCAAAAACAUGCUCAUCAGGGUAAUUGAUCACUCUCAAUUGCCUUUUGUGGUUUGUCCCCCAUAUGGCAGCCCUGUUAUGGACUGGUGCCCUGUUCAGGGUGUAUCCCACACUUCUCACCCAAUAACAGCAGGGACUGGCUUUUCCUUGUUCCUUGACAGCAGUGGGGAAAAAGCCAAAUAAAAUGCUUGGAUAAAGAAACCUCACCCUGAUGGUCACAUCAUAUUUUCCAUCUUCUUUUCAAACCCUGAAUCAUCAACACAACAUGAAUUUGAAAGAGUUGAGAGCCUCAAAAUAGCCCAAAGUUACCUCUGUGGAUUUUUAUAAAUCUGAAAAUCAUUCAAUGUUAGUAAGAGAAAAUGUUUCACAAGGAUGUGUUUCAGUAGAUACUUUUAUCGGGAAAUCCCUGCAGCAGUAUGUUCUCUUUUGACUCUCAUUUCAAAUCCAGAUUUUAAAGUCUUGCAUUUGUGAGCACGUACAGAUCUUCAGAGAGUUUGUUUGUAAUUUUCAAAGCUGAAUUUUUUUUUCUCUCCCUUCUAGCCUUUGAGCAGUGCAAAAAAGUUUGUCUUUUUACUGAAGUGGCUCUAGCUUUGUUUGAUAAAAACUAAAAUUAAAAUCUGAGCAGAAUUUGUCAUACCCAGGUUUCAGGCUGCGGUAAAGGAGAGGGACUAGUUUGAACAAACCUCUCUGCCGUUGUGCUGUAUUUGUUAUUCAUCCUGGAGUAGAAGUUGUUUUUGAGAAAAGAGGAAACAUCAGAGGACACUCCAACCUCAGGGCUUGUAGCCCUGUAUAUGUAUAGAUGUAAAUGUCAUGCAUGCACAAUGUUCACAGUUACUCUGAAGUGCUUUAUGAAUAAAAUCACACCAGUGUAGUCUGCUGGGGCAAAUUGAAAUAUGUUGCUUUCAAUAUUGGCAAGUUGACUGGUUCCAUGACCCUGGCAACAAAGUGGUGCUGUUCUCGGUAAUAUUUAUUGAAAUGCCCCUGAGGAGUGACCCCAUUUGGCUUUGCUCUAUAACAGUAAGCUCUCCUCUGCCUCAAGCAAAGAAAUGCAAAAUUAGAAUUGUAAUCACUUUGGUGCCGCUUGUUAUAAUCUACCGCGGGAUUAAUGCAGUCCUGCCUCUUAAAUCCCAAAGAGGCAGGGCAGUGAUUGAUUAAUUAGAAUUAAUAAACACAUAUCUGCUAUGAAGCCGAUUGUUAGCUGCACUUUUUGAUGAUCUGCUGUCUCUGGGUUUGCUGAUAAGACCACACCUCAUUCUUCUCUAUAUUAACAUGUAGUGAUGAAGUGUUCCAGCCUGCCACCUUGCUUUGCCCUCCUCCCGUGUUAGCUGUAACCUUUGAUUCGCUUUAAUUCUCUUUGAGUGACAUGCAGUGAUUUUUGUUUUGUGCUCUGUGCAGGUCUUCAUGACACUGUCUUGUACUGCUCGCUGCAUGACCCUGCAGCCCCCAGCCCCACAGGUUACACUACAAACAAGGUGAGAUUUGGCAUCAUCUUAAAGGGAUAGUCCCACAUUAAAAGUUUUUCUCUAUGUUUUAUAUGAUGGUACCACUCUCAGGUUUAUGUGCUAAGCUUGAUUGUUUUGAAAGCAAUGUCAAUGAACUUUUUGUAUAUUUGUAAAGGCCAGCAGGGGGUGAUUCAAUGGUGUAUUAGAUGAAUUCCUGUUUUAUGCAACAACUUGAGGAGAUGAACAACUUCUCACAUGGUGAAAUGGAUUAUUAGAUACUCCCCUCAUAAAGACAUGCCUUUAAUUCCCAGUUUCCAGUCAAACAUUAGUCCCUUAUGAUGUUAAUUUUUAAUACUUGGAGCUCUUGUAAAGCCGGAGCAGUUAAAGCUCCUCAUAUACUGAGGCUUGAGUCCUUGUUGGAUGAUUGCCAGUUUGACUCCUGGCUGUGACCUUUUGCCACAUGUCUUUCCCCACUCUCUUCCCCUCCUUGUCUCCUGUGUCUCCUCACAGCUGUCCUUUUUAAUAUUAAAGGGAUUAAGGCACAAGAAAUAGCUUGACAUAAAAUGUUAAUAAUAGAUGUCAGUGGAGUGUUGUCCACUUCUUAAGUACACUCUGUUUUCCAAAGAGAGAUAAAACCGCCUAUGACUGGCCUCAAAGUGAAAAAAAAUCAUAAUGUUGGGGUUUAAGCACACAGUCUGAGGUCUAGCUACCAAGUCCUUUUUGUGUUUUUAAUGCCAUACAAAGCUAACCCGCUACUUUGAUUGUGGUAUCAAUGCUCUCAUCCACCUGGAGAAAAACAUGAGUAAGGCUUCCUGAGAGUGAAAAAACAAAAAUCAAAUUAUUAUUAGCACAAUGUUGUUAUCAGGAGAUGAAACCUUAAAUAGUAAGUUUUGGUAUUGGCAGAUGUGAACACUACUGUUGAUAUUUAGAGUAGACUAGGCAGUGUACGUAUUCCUUUGUGCAUGUAGUGCACGUACCAAAAACAAGCUAAAAAGAGUUCAAACUAGAACAGGAGAGACUUGGUGUUCUCCACAAUGGAAAAAAAUGAGUAUCUGUGUAUAUCAACAUGUGCCAAACGAAGUUUGAAAUGUUCUACUUGUUCUGAAUAUCUGCAAAAAAAUAAUAUAUAAUUAUAAAAACCACCAGAGGGACUUUUUCCUCUAAUACCUGAAAAAACACUUUCUAUCUGUUGUGAACAGACGGUGUCGGUGUGGGGCAGCGGCGGGCGCAUAGAGCUGACAGUGGAUAAAUUCAUGGCUCUCCAGAAGACAGUCAAGCCUGACUGGUACCAGAGCAUGGCAGACGGAGAGACGUGGCAGAAUAACACCUCCCGCAAAAGGGUUCGAAAGUCUGUGGAUCGAACCCUCGCACAUUUGGACGAGUGUCUGCUGGUACACCAGAAAUCAAAGGUGCGGACGAACUCAACCUGCAUCCUAAACACACACACACACACACACACACACAAAACACUUUGCUCUUACGUUGGUGGAUCAGUCAUGCACAGCACAAGCCCACAGGACAGGAAUUGAUGUGUGGUGUUGCUGUGUUGCUGUUGUUGUGUAGCUGUGCCACGGCUGGAAACACAGUGAGAUUAAGAGGAAUACAUAAUCAGCAGGUACAUACGGUAUCAGCAGGUGUUUUCAGGCGUCUGCUUCAAGCAUGACAAAUGGAGUCAGCUGUGUUUUUUUGAAAAGCACUGGGCUGAUACUUCAUUUCAUGAUAGAGAGAGCAGCGCUGAUCAUGUAUAAAAAGGUGCAGGAGGAUUGUCAUGAGUUUGACACAUAACACUUAAAAAAAUAGAUUUACAUUUCAGUAAAGCCAUGCAUUUUGAAACACGUGCUCUUGUUCUGGGAGGCAGAAUCUGACAGAAUUUUGUGUAUUUAUUCAUUAAGCCUUUUACUGCGUGUUUGACUUAACUUCAUACUACAUUGAUGGACUCGUCUGUGGGUUUUAUGGCGCCGUCUGGUUAUCAGAUUUCCUUUAGUUCAGCUGAAUAGAUGAGCAAACAGCCUCUCUGGGUUUCUUACUUUCAGCCAUCUAAUCAGUGAGUUGUCUCUUGUUUGCAGGAGUUAGAAGGAGUCGAGGUGUUUGGUGUACUCGAGGGAGGAGAUAUCCUGGAAGAAAGGCUGCGCUCAGCCAGGGAGACCGCCAAGAGGCCUGUGGCAGGAUUCUGCCUGGAUGGACUUCAAACAGGCGCAAUCGACCAGGACCUGAGGACCCAGCUCAUUACUGCUUUGACCAAGGAGCUGCCUGAAGACAAACCUAGGUCAGACCUGCUCAUGAAUGUGUGAGAAAUGUGGUCAUUGAUUCCCUAUAGAAACAGAGAUAAUCACUUUGACUGAAAGGUAGUCCAGGACUACAUUAAAUCAAGGAGACCUGUAGGGAUGGUAUCCAAACACAAACCUCAGUACAGCUACCGUCUUUACUGUCUUGGCCUUAGGGAGGAACAUGUAACACAGGCAGGCUUUGCCUCAUUCAGUAGUCCAACAUCAGCCUGGAGCUGUUUUUUUUUCCCCCUGUGGAUCCAUGUAGAAAUCAAACGAACAUGCCUGCUGGGAUAAAACUAAUGAUUUCCAGAUCAAUAGAUGCUUUCAAAGUGAUGUAUUUAAACAGGUUUCAUGGUCAAUUAGGGUGACAACUAGAGAAACCAUCAGAGUUUAAGUCCGCUGAUUAAUUUCCCACACAGUCAUCAAAUAGUUGUUUAUAUAUACAACAUUUCAAAAGGGCCAGUGUGUGUUUUUUUUAACUAUUUCAUUUUGGUUUUGGCAAUAUAUACAACAUACAACAGAUCAAUAUACCAACAGUAUAAGACAUUACAUAAGGUAAGGCAUAAAGCAUAAAUUCCCUUACCCUAUCAAAAAACAAUGAAAAGCACCCGCCCACCCCAAAAAGCGGUCAGUGUACAAAGUCAAUACAAACAACUAUAUUAGGUGCUUGGUGUCAGAGAUGUCGGAGAUGAGGGCUAAAUACGGCCGCCAGAUUAAAAAGAUAUAUAUUACAUUGGGGGAUGCAACUACUCAUCUCGUAAGACCACCUGUCUAUAAAAAGGGGAGAAUCAGAUUCCCAUGACAUAGAGCAACUUUAAAAAAUCUGAGUUGUGCAUUGUUUAGAGAAUACAUGUAAAGUUCCCCGGUAAACACAGUUUAGGGUAGUUUAGUGGAACACCAACUCCUGUGAUCCUGGUUAAAAAGGGCCAGUGUAAAAGUCUUUCAUAGUUACAUUGAAAUAAACUCAACAAUAAAUAAAUAAAUUGAACAUUUUAACUCUGAUUUAAUGAAUCUUGACUGAGGCAUUAUCCUCAUCCUGUCUGUGAACCUGAAACAUACAGUAAGUAUGCUGUGUGUGUUUUGCUCAGUGGUUAAAUCCACGCACAGUGGCUGAGAUUUCCAAAAGUGGCCAAAGUACCCAAAGGGUAUGCUCAGUCAGUGUUUCACUAUAACUAUGAAUAACACAUGAUCACCAGUUAGGUAAAUGAUUUUAUAACUAGCACACAAAUUAGUACACUUUGCAUUUACUAUAAUUUGUUUGGCUUUUUAAGUAAAUUAUGAAAGCAGAGAAGAGUUGUAGUUUAAAAUACACUCACUGAUCCGUCUGUGUGAAAAUACGGUGUGAUUCAGAGAUCAAUUGGACCCCGUUUGCAGGCCCUGACCAAUCAGUAAAUUAUCCAGCCUGAUUGAUUGCGUGAAGCAGAUAAGUGAAGCAGCUCAUCUGCCAUGCUCCAGCUCUCUCUCUCUCACACACACACACACACACACACACACACACACACACACACACUGAUUGCAGUCGUUGGAUCGGCUUCUCUUUCAGGAUGGAACCAAAGUCAACAAUUAGACCUGUUCAGAGAAAAUAAAAUUAAAGUCAAAGACGGUUAAUGUGGGUAAAUUAAAUGAGAUUUUGUGAACAGAAAACAUUAAGAGGUUUUUUUUUUUUGGGGGGGGGGGGGGGGGGGGUGCCCAUAAAGAGAACAAGUACAGUUAUAUUUUAUGGUUUCAACAUGAAUUUCUCCUCGUGGUUUUCCUAGAUUAAGCACAGGAGCGAGUCUGAUACUGUCUCUGCGAGCGCCUUUUCUCCCAUUUGACAUGAAUGAAUGACAGCAGAGCUGGAGGGAUUAGUGGAUUAAUGAAUCUACUAAAAUUAAUUGGCUGCUUUUUUUCUCAAUAAUCAGUAUAAUUGAGUGUCAUUUUAAUUUUUUAGCUGCAGUGUCUUGGUUGUAAAGCUGUUCUGCUUCUCUCCGUCUUAUCAGGUAUGAAAGGAAAGUCUUUUCUUUGGACUGUCACACUGACAACAUAAAUGAAGACUGGGAGCUGAUGAAAAACUCUUCUCUCAUACAAAAAAGGAUCUUAUCGGUUAUUUUGAAGACCAGACAGAUAAAUGUUUAUGAAAAUGACUGAAUGUGGCGGCUCAGAAUUUCAUCUCACAUUAUAAUCAAAACACUUGGACUAUGGACAUUAAGAUUAGAUAGACACUCUGGAAGGAAAAAUAAAAUGAAUAAGAAGAAAAAUAGAAGAAAAGUUUUCCCCUUCAUCAUCUUUAAAGGGUUUGAAAGCUCCUCCAGGGACUUUCUCUCAACUUCCAUGAACUCUGGAGGAGAUCGAAGUUUGAGAGAAAAGCUUCCUGUAAGACGCUGUAGUUCGCAUCCUGGAGCUUCCUGUAAGCUUCACUACAAUCGCCUUGAACAUGCUCAUUUCAAAUGGCGUCCCUGCUGGAGAAGAUUGUGGCCGUCUGUUGAUGCUGCUCCUUUCUAAAAAGAGAAGAGGAGUCAUUUUCUGGAUUGAGCCUGACCUUGAUGGACGCCUGCAGUCAGAGAGUCAGACACAAACACUCUGAUGCAAACCAUGUCCAGAGGAACCCUGCUGUUGUCUUCUUUUUUCAGCGGCUGUGUCAAAGUGUUAAGUGUGUUAUAUUCAUGUUCAUGUUUUCACUUUUCUGCGCCGUGCUUUCUUUUUAUGUGACUGCCAGGCUUCUGCAGGGUGUCGGACGGCCUGAUGAGGUUUUGGCGUGCGUGGAGGCCGGUGUGGACCUGUUUGAGAGUUUCUUCCCCUUCCAGGUGACAGAGCGAGGCUGUGCCCUUGUCUUCAGCUUCGACAUCUCCCCGGACCCAGAGCGCGCAGGUAGAGCGCCCCCUAAAGGUGUGGUGAAUAACUAUACUGAAGUACAGCUUUGUUUCAACUUUCUACUUGUAAGUUCUUCAGAAGGAGAAUCAAUAUCUUAGGCAGCUGAAACAACGUGAUAAGAUAAAGUUUAGCUCAAGUUCAUCACAUAUUGACUUUUUGAACGCAUUUUAUUAACCUUAAGGUGCUCUAAAGACGAAGAAGAAGAAGAACUUUAUUGAUCCUUGAAGAGAAAUUCAAAUUAAAAUUCCUCCUCUUUAUGCUGUGGAGUUUUUCCUCUUUUAAAAUACUCUGCUCAUUUCUUUCUCACUGAACAGCAAAUGUGUUGUUCCUAAAGCUGUCACUGUUUAAUUAUAAGUUCAUCCACACUAAGGUCUUCCAAACUUUUUCAGUUUAGGACCCAAAAUAAUCCAUUUGAUAUUUCCCUCGGAUCCAAAUGAGUUUUUGCUUAAACAGCUCACAUACAGCCGAAGAAGAUGCUGUAAUAUAAAUUCAUUGCGUGGCUUUACAACAGACUUGGGUCAGUUUCAGACAUCAACAUCAGGGCUGGCUGUUUGGUUCAGGUCAGACUCGGGUCAGUGUUUGUAACUUUGUUCAGACGUUAUUUGUUGGCUUCCUAGAAUUGAGGGUAAAUUACCCCCACAGGUAAUUCUCAGUCUCUGCUUUGCUUGCACAGGUUUGCAGUCGAAGAGAAUGGGGUGAGCGACAGCCACUCACACAGACUCUACAUCAAUAAAUUUACUUUAUUUUUAGGUAUUUUCCCGUAUAUCUGAGCUGAACAUUCGGAAAGCAGUAAUGAACAGGAUUCUAUUCUAACAAGGAUGAUUCUGAAAACUGGUGACCUGUCGACCUGAAUAAAACCUGUCUGACGUGAUUGAUGUACACAUUCGACUGUGUCAAGAGCUGAAGUGUACACAACCUUUACUUUGCACUGCAUGUAUCACAGGCAGACACUCCAAGAGGGAAUAUUGAAUGGCUCAGAUUAUCAGAUUUAUGGUACGUAAACAAAAGACACGGCAGAGCUCGCUGAAUUUAUAUUAACUCUGGGUCUCAGUGGCCAGGUGAGGAACAGAUUCCCGAGUCAGCUAAAGCAAGUGCUGACCUGUGGACAGAGCAUAGUGUCAGUCCUGCCUCACUCUGUUUUUACAAGGUUUCCCUCUGUUCAAAUGUGGAUAAUUGCAGAUUUAGUCUAUUAACUUUUUGCCAUUAUUGUACGUGCUGCUGUAUUGAUUGUCACAUCCCUCUGCCUCUACACAGUCAUCUGCACUACAUUGAUUUUUUUAGCACAGCCAAUCAGAUUUAGAGAACACGGUAAAAAGUACAAAUAUCUCUAACAAAUAAGAACCAAAUCAACAAUCACUUCAGCAUUUUGAGCAAUGCACAAGGUUUAAUUAUUGGUGAAGGGGAACAAAUAAAGGUUCGUGGUUCAGUUGAACUUCUUAUAGUUUUUCUGCACUUCUAUAAUAUAUCUGCUCCUGUCAAACCAAAUGGUCUCUAAGGCCUAAAGCCAUAAAAGAACUUUAAACUAAAAUGAUAAAGGAAAUCACCUCAGAGAGAUGGAAAACACCAGUUUUUCUUUCAGAGAUUGCAAUAUAGAAAAGCCUGGAGCGAGCCGACAUGCCACAGUAUAAUUUUGAAGUUUGAGUCGCGGGUCCCUCUUGCCAGAUGCAUUCAGAUGACAAUGAAAUGUUAAUUUAAUACAGUGUUAUAUGAUUUUUUUUUUUUACUGUAACAGUGCAUGACAUUGAUUUUGUGCUAUAAAAAUAGGAAACCAUGAGAACCGCUUUGAUGUAAUUACUGCUGCAUACUCACUGAUAUACAAAUUACUAAUAAUUGAAGCUCAAUAAUCAGCCCAGCAGGCUUGUGUUAAUUCCUAUAGGAGGAGCCUGUUAUGUUGAGUUGAGAGUGCUAACAGAUGUUUCUGGUGCUUAUACAAAUGUAAAUAGCAGAGUCUAAUUAAAGCAUGUUGAGCCGGACUCAAAGGGUUGGUGCAGAAAGCCUGCAGGGUGAGCGCAGCAGAUGAACAGUCCGUAAUAUUUGUGGAGUAAAAAGGCUGUCUUGGUCUGUGAAAGGGGAUCUCAGUGGAUUUAAGUACUCCGCAUUGAUACUUGGUGUCUUCGCCUGCAUACAGUUGCUGCUGUUGCUUGUAUUUUGUUGCCCCAGGACAAUUGAAAUAAUUGGGUGAAAAGAAUAUCAGCCGCUGAAAUGAAAUCAAUGGAAAACUUCACAGCAGCUCUGGUUCACAAUUAGGUUCAGACUCGUUCUCACUGUAGUCCCAAGUGAAAAGCCAAGGAGUGUAAGGACAAGAGCUGAGGGACUCGGCCCGCUGAGGACUUUGUGCUUCAUUAAAAAGUUGCUUUAAGUUGUUGGUCAGACUGAGUGAAGUUCAGCAGCAAGCAGCAUGGUUGUGUCAGGCAGUACUAAUCGAUUCUGCCCAGGAAGCACAAUGGGGUUCAGCAGAGGUGAGAGCAGAGAUGGUGUCAGACCUUAAAUUUCUGAUUUAGCCAACUUCAAGGACUUGUGGGGGAUGUCAACACCCUCACUUCCGAGCUAAGACCCCUUUUGACACUGUAGCUCUCUUGCUUAUUCAUCACCCCUCCUCAGCCUACUAAAGUUUGAACCAACUUGUUUUUUUCACUCUUUGUUUUUACUCUGCUGCUCAACUCUAGAAGACAAUGAGCACAUCUUUGGUCAAUGCUUACAAAGAUCAGAACCUGAUUCACCAAAUUAAAAAUGAAACACGGAAAUAGAACAAGAAUAAAAUACCAUAGAGGAGUGAAUUUUUAGGAAUAACUAUAUUUAAUAGACCUAGAAAGCAGAAUUUUGCCAGUCAAUGCUACCAUGUUGCAUACUGUAGAUUUAGCUGAAGUUAAUGUCCAACUGUUUCCUGUUCUCUGCAUUAAGAGGCUUUAUUUUGACCCUGCAACCUUCUUCUAGUUUAACUUAUUAAAAAUGGUCAUUGUGAAUUUCCCAAAGGAAUCAAAAGCAAAUGCAAAAAAUUAGUCGUGUAAAGCUGACUAUCAGAAGUCGCUUCUCAGAGAAUCAGCAUCUACUGACUCUGGGGUAAUAAGGUGAGCAGGUGACGGCCAAGGCUUCAAGUCCUUUUUCCAAUAUUUAUUUCCUGUGUUAAAAAUUUUAAUUUAGACUAAAAAGCAAAACUGAAUAUUUCAUUUUUUUUCACUUUUAAAUCACUCACCCCUUUGAUGAUAAUUCGCUGUAGAUGAGUGGAUAUUAAUUUAGCUGUAAAAACUGCUUUAUUUCAACACUCAAAUCCAUUAACCCUGAAUCUUAAUGUUUUUGGCAGCACAUGCUUAUUCACGCUUAUUCAGACCCUAAAAAUAACUACACCGAAAUAGCCAGGAUGUACGCUGUUGGUCCUUUUUUUGCUUUUUGUGCGUCAUGAAUAUUUAUAAAUAUUGUAAUAAAUAUUCAUGUCUACCAGUUUUAUAAUCAGCUAAAGGUGUAAAUGUUUUUGUUAAUUUCUUACUUCAUGUAGUUCUGAAUGUCUGUGACAUGAAAUCAGUCUUAAAAGCAAAACUUCAGGGUUUGAACUGUUUAUUUAUUUAUUUUUUACUUCAGUGCUUUCUGCAUUUGAAAGCCGAAGCUAUAGUCCUGUACAUUAUGUCUCCUUCCUUUACAUCUCUUUAGCUCACUUUGUCCCUUUUAUACCCAUGCCUAUCAGCCUCUCCUUAAGCCACGUAUACACAUGUCCAUUAAUACUCGCUUUUGAUGCUUUGUUCCGACACUUUGUUGCCCUCUGCUUCAACUGCUCCUGUUGGCUCUUUAAUCCUUCGGUCUCUGUUGCUGCUUUUUAAUCCACAUCUUUAAUUAUGCAGCACUAAGGUCCACUUUUUCCUUUUUUUUCCUUCUCUCCUUUGCAUAUAUUUUCAUAUUUCCUAAAUCCUGCUUCUCUUAUGAAACCGUGGUCUUCAUCAUCUCUUGUUACUUCUCUCCCUUCUUAAGCCCCCCUGUAGGUAACAUGCAUAUGUUUGAGACAGGCUCUAGUGGUCAGAACAUAGCCAGUAAGCAAUCGUUUUAUAAUGACAUGAAAAAUAUAGGUCACAGCAGAGUUAUAAAGAGGUCAGACUAUUGUUUUAUUUUUGCCGCCGCUCUAAUUGAACUCUAAUUGAUCUAAUUGAAGAGUGAAUAGUUUGUCAUGUGCUGGGAUUAAUGAGAUGUAUGUAUGUUUUUGCAGUGCUGGAGCUGGACAAAGAGAGGGACACUGCAGGGGAGAGGCAACAGAAUGGAGACCUGAACCUUGAUGAUCAAACACAGAUGACGUCCUUUGAGAUCAGUCUCAAAGAUAAGAGGUAAUCAAACCCUCUCCAGCAGGAACGGUCCUUUCAUAUGUUUAUUAAAUGAAGGAUGUACAUCGCAGCUACCUGAUUGUACAUUUUGUUUGAACUUUCUUUUGAACGCUUCUCCAGGUACCAUGACGAUUUUAGACCCCUGGUGGAGGGGUGUGGCUGCUACUGCUGCAAGAACCACCAGAGGGCGUACCUGCACCACCUGCUGGUGACCAAUGAGCUGCUGGCCGGAGUCCUGCUCAUGAUCCACAACACAGCCCACUAUCAUGGCUUUUUUGGCGCCCUGAGAGACGCUCUGGCCACCGAUAAGCUGGACCUCCUCAAGAGGCGGGUACUUAGAGGGAGAGAGGACUUUGAGGGAUAAUUUAAAGAGAUAGGAGCGUGAUUGAUCUGGCCGUUUCUCUGAAGAUCACUAUACUCGCACAGAGGCAAUCAAAGCUCUAUCUCACACUCCCCUGUUCAUUCAGGAUAAACUGCGAUACUGCAGAGACCUUGAGAAUGAGUCACUCCGUAUGUCGCUCAAGUCGUGCCUCUAAUAAAAGAGGGCAGAGAAGAUAAAGACAAUAGUUAGAUGUUUGUCUCUCCUGUUUCACAUCAGGAGGGCUUGUGUUUUGACUUGGGCUGAUAGCGAGGACUAGGAGUCUGGGUUUGGUGGCCCGAGAGAGAAAGGAGCAGGACAAGAGGUCAAGAGAAAUCAGCAUAAAGAAAGCCAUGUGAUGGAUGAUGUACUAUCGACUCUGACUGAAUCCUUGUUUGCCCCCCGUUGUGAUCUGAUUGCAGGUCAGUGGCUGACUAAUAUCCUCUGAGCUCAUUAGCAUAGCAGCACUGACCACAGGGAGCACAGACUUAAGCGACCAGUUAUGGGAGGAUUGGAAAUUGAACAUAGAUCCUUCUCGUCUCCUCUUACAUAUCAAAAUAAGAAAAAUAAAAAAGUAAAAUAUGAUCCUCUUCAAGCUUUUUUCUGUUAUUUCAUGCAAUAUUUAUCCAUCUCCAUAAAUAUUUUUAAUGUCCCGGUUGAAUUCCUCAAUACAGAGAGCUUCUCACACGGAUACACAUCGACUUCAGCGUGAUGAUGAGAUUGUGUUUGCAUCAAACACUCAGCCGCUGCGGUUGUUGUCUCUCCUGGGCUUCAGGAGGUUACCUAUAGGUUCGUGCUGACAGCUCCACUGUUCCAGCUGCAGUGGAGGGAUAAAGAUCAAAUAAAGAUAUGGGUCUCUACUGCCUCCCAAGCAGGCUUUUUGAAGGUGAAGAGAUAUAAUUGACUGCCAGGCCGAGCAGGUGUCUAUGGGGGACAGGGGAUGGGUAGAGAGAGGAGAGUGUGACAGGUUUAAUGAUCAGCAAUGAGGACUUAGGGGGUACUCCUGGGUUACCUUCAGCACACUUAGCAGUAUAAAGAAGACCAGUGUGGAGGGUUGCUGUCUGUUGUGUGGGUGCCAGUAUUGGAAAUUGGAUUUAAAUGGGUUUGGUGGAUGGAAAGAUUUAACACUUUAAUCCCUGUGGGAAAAAGAGAAAAUAUUCCACAGUCUUUUUAUGCAAGACUGUUUAUUUCAGCAUUUAAUGUGAAGUAAGAAGAUCAAACACUUAUACUGGCAAGUCAAAACAGUAGAUUGUUAAUGGUUAACAGUCUCAUUCACGUCAAGACCUGCUAUUGAUAUUUUUACACUCAAACUACUGUUAGUAUUCAGAAAAAUAAACAACAAAAAACCUCUAAUGUCGUUUAAAACUAAAAUCAAGGUCUUAUUAAGGUUGUUGAAGGACUCAAUUGAAGCUUCUGCCAGCAGCUGUUGAGUGAAGUAGCUCCCAGCAAGUCUAUUACACCCCACUUAAACCAGUUAUUCAUGUUGACAUAUAUUUAUCCAGCUUGUGACCUUCAGCUGUAAGAUGAAGAGGAUACCAAGUGAUUGUAUUGAUUAAGAAAAAAAAAACUUGUAGUGAAUUUGAAUAUAAAUAAGCACAACAAGCAGAGGGAGGGGACGUGGUUGUUUAAAAUCACCUCACUUGACAGCUGAUUGCUUUAGAGUGUGUGAAAUAGGAAAAUAAAGGAGAGAGAAAUUGAGUUUAAAAGGUUAUUGUUGACAACACAAGGUCUGAACUUUAAUAUGGAAAGCUUGGCUUCAACUCCUCUCAGUGUGUUGACUGGUCAUGCUGGUGGAGAAAAGCCUGCUAACCAAAUCACACAUGACAAAAUGUCAAAAACCCAACAGGUCAGUGAAGUCUACAACACUCUGAAACAGACUUGUAUAGAUACAAAAUAUAGAUAUAGAUACCUCAGAUUUGCUGCUUCUUUAUUUUGAUAAUCCAGUAAUGCUGGAACAUCCAUAUCAGUCAAGUUUGCAAAAGGUCAAUGAAGAGCCUCGGUAUGAAUAAUAAGGUCUGUCCCCUGAUCAAUCCCUCUGCUCAUUUGUCUUUGUAUUAUAGCUUCUUAUUUCCAUACAUGAACUAUUGUAAUAUUGUAUGGUGUGCAACGUAUCCAACUUACCUCAAGAAAAUAUUAAUAAUCCAGAAAAGGUUCUUAAGAAUAAUAUCACGAUCCAGCAAACACGAACCGUCUGCACCUCUCUUUUCUAAAUACUCCAUCUUACCGAUUGACAAACUCAAUGUCUGUCACUCUUGUUUGUUUGUCCACAAGUUCAUCAAUAACAAACAAGACCUUCGUGAAACUUACUGAAACUUUUUUACCUUUUUAUCCGACCUUUACCUGUACUCAACAAGACAAAGUGGCCAUCUUCAGUUACCUUCCUGUCGAACUUCUAGUCAUCAGUCUAAUAUCACUUUUAGAGGACCAAAACUAUGGAAUAAUCUGGAUGCAUCUCUAAAAUCAAUAUCAUCCCUCAACUCCUUUAAAAUAUCAUUAAAAUCUCAUCUGAUCAUGUCUUAAACACAUCAUUAUUUGUUAUGAUCAUGUUUCUUUCCUUCUUAUGUAUACUUAUAUUGUCUGUAUCACUGUUUAAAGAUUAGUCUGUGUUCUGUUUAUGGCAAUUUGUAUCUGUUUGACCUUUCCCUACUCAUUGUAUAUUUAUAACCUGUCUAUGUCCUAGUUACUUAGUCGUUUGCACCCUAUGCCUUCACUGCCCUGACGGGAGUGGAACUUUCUAUAAGCCUAUCGGCUUUGUUCCCUCCUUGCACUGUUUUUAAUCUGUGCUAAAUGAAUAAAUACAAAUACAAAUGCUUGGUAGGAGCUCACAGUAAGCUGUCAGUCAUCUUUUGACAUCAUGGCCGCGGUGACCUGUACUACUUCCAGCCAACAGGGGGAGCUCUAAAAAUGUUGGUGUUAAGUUGUUUUAAACAGACAAUAAGUUUGAAUCUUCACUGAACAAAUACACACAUGCCAUUCAUCAACUAUUUAUGGUGCUCCUGCUGGAACCUGAAAUAUCAUGUGUAAAGUUUUCUGACAAUACAGAAUUCAAGUUCAUGCUUUGACACUAUAACAUGUAAAUUUAAUGAGGGAUUGUGUAACAGAGGACACAUUCCUUCACCUCAGACAACACAAAUGUAGAGAGUAGAGGUGCGAUUUGAUGUAAUUCUCUACUGGGAGCAUUACUUGACACAGGAUAUCGGUUCACGCCCUAAAGCCAAAUGUUAUUUUAUAAGCCAUUUUUCCACAGUAAUGUUUACAUCAUAGACUGUAUAUACAGUCUAUGGUUUACAUCAACUCCUAUUCUGUAUACAUGGCCACAUCUUGCAGUGUGUUACAUACGUAAUAGACAUAUUACAUAUCUCAUACAAAGCCCUCAUCGUACUACAACACCCUGACAGAUGUGAGGAGUUUAAUCCCCUAUCAAAUCAAAUCAAACAGCAGAGCAAUAAAGAAAACCACUUCCAUUUGUGUGUAGUUAAUAUUCCUAUCAUCCAUAUGGAGUUGUGUUUGUCCUCCAGCAAAUAUCAG